CUGAUGACGUGCUUCAUAGUCCAGUAAGUUGACAGCUCAACAACGCGUUUCCACAAUGCAAAAAAAAUCAACAAAAUAACCACGUUUCACGUGUUUGUUGACAUUUUUUUUGUAGUCAUACAUGAGCUGAAUACAGAGCCUUUGAACUAAACGUAUUCUAUAGAUUUUAGUCCGUUGUUUCCCAAUCAAAAUGUCGUUUCUUAUGGAUUCUGUGAUCAUGUUCACCUCACAGGUGCUCUUCUUUGGCUUUGGGUGGCUGUUCUUCAUGCGGCAGCUGUUCAAAGACUAUGAGGUACGGCAGUAUGUGGUCCAAGUGGUGUUCUCCAUCACUUUUGCCUUCUCCUGCACCAUGUUUGAGCUCAUCAUCUUUGAGAUACUGGGUGCCUUAGAAACUAGUUCCAGGUAUUUCCACUGGAAGUUCAACCUGUAUGUGAUUCUACUGGUUCUAAUCUUUGUGGUGCCAUUUUAUAUCGGCUACUUUGUCGUCAGCAACAUCCGCCUUUUGCAGAGACAGAAGCUGCUCUUUGCCUGUGUCGUCUGGUUUACCUUCAUGUAUUUCUUUUGGAAGUUGGGGGACCCUUUCCCCAUCCUCAGUCCCAAACAUGGUAUCCUGUCCAUCGAGCAGCUGAUCAGUCGUGUUGGGGUCAUAGGGGUCACGCUGAUGGCUCUAUUGUCCGGCUUUGGUGCUGUCAACUGCCCUUACACCUACAUGUCCUACUUCCUACGGAAUGUGACAGAGAGUGAUAUUCUUGCCUUGGAGAGGAGACUUCUUCAGACCAUGGACAUGAUCGUCAGCAAAAAGAAACGCAUUGCCAUGACACGGAGGCAGAUGUACCAGCGAGGGGAGGACCAGAACAAACAGACAGGAUUCUGGGGCAUGAUCAAGAGUGUCACCUCCUCACCACCAGGCAGCGAGAAUUUGUCUCUGAUCCAGCAGGAAGUGGAUGCUCUGGAGGAGCUGAGUCGCCAGCUCUUCCUGGAGACAGUAGACCUGCAGGCCACCAAGGAGCGGAUCGAGUACUCCAAGACAUUCCAGGGGAAAUACUUUAACUUCUUAGGUUACUUCUUCUCCAUUUACUGUGUGUGGAAAAUCUUCAUGGCCACCAUCAACAUUGUGUUCGACCGUGUAGGGAAGACUGAUCCAGUGACGAGAGGGAUUGAGAUCACAGUUAACUACUUGGGCAUUCAGUUUGAUGUGAAGUUCUGGUCUCAGCACAUCUCCUUCAUCCUGGUGGGCAUCAUCAUUGUCACCUCUAUUAGAGGCCUUCUCAUCACACUCACUAAGUUCUUCUAUGCCAUCUCCAGCAGCAAGUCCUCCAAUGUUAUAGUGCUGGUCCUGGCUCAAAUUAUGGGGAUGUACUUUGUGUCGUCGGUUCUCCUCAUGAGGAUGAGCAUGCCUCUGGAGUAUCGCUCCAUCGUGACCGAAGUGCUGGGAGAGCUACAGUUCAACUUCUACCAUCGAUGGUUCGACGUCAUCUUCCUCGUCAGCGCCCUCUCCAGCAUCCUCUUCCUUUACCUCGCCCACAAACAGGCACCCGAGAAGCACAUGACCCCCUGACCCCACUCUGAACUUGACCCUUGACCCUUUUCCAACCAUUCCCUGGAGGCUUUGAUUCUCUGUUGGAUUAUUUUUUAAGAGCAGAUCCAAAUCCAUCUCUUGUCUGUCUGUGUGGUGGAGAGAAGCGCCUGUGCUUCCUGAAUCAGGAAUGGCCGACGUGUGGUCAUGUGGACCGUUGGUGUCAGGGAGAGUCAAUGGAGAUUGGAGUCAUGGAAGACUGGAUUUUGUAUAAUGUUGGGUUGAACGUGGGGGUAAUGACUCAUAUAAUGUAACUACAGUACUUGAAAUCAGGACUUAAUUGUUCUUUGCAAAAAUGAAAAUGGGAUAUUUUACGACGAUGAUGAUAUUUCAUUGUGCUGUUGCCCCGUUGGACAGAGGUUCUGUCUAUCCUUAAAUCAAUCUGAGCAGAGCAGAACUGUCUAGUAUACAGCACAGACCAGCUUCACUGCAACAGUAGCUUGUUUUGUGAACGGGGUUGUAAAUAUGUGUUUACACUCUAUUUUUGACAAACAGAAUAAUCCAAAUGAUAAUUUUAAAUGUAACACAUGUCUACCAGUAUCCCCCAAAUGUCCAUGAUGCUAUUGGUUAGCGUAUUUGAUGAUGUCCAGCCUGUACAUGCCAUGUACCUGGGGUGGCGUGCAUAUCUACUGUAUUUAUUCUACCAAGACAGAUGGGAAGGCUUCAGAAUAAACCAACUGAUGUGGUCAUUAA